AUGGCUGACAAUCCUCCUCAGGGAGGCAACGACCCAGACCCAGAAGUUGUGGAGGAAAACCAACAACAACCUGCGCUAGCAGGAAAUGCUGAUGAAGCCGCGC